GCAUGCGCCGCCGCCGCGCUUCCGCCAGUACCGCUCCCCGCGCACGCGCGGGCGGAAGCUCCGGGGCGGGGGCUCGGAAGCGGAAGAGACGGGCCGAGGGCGGAGGGAAAAUGGCGGCGGCCGCGGCGGCCCCUCAGGACGAGCUGGUCUCGUCGGUGACGCUCUACCGGCGGCGGCCGCGCCUCCUCCGCGCCACCGUCCUGCCCUUCGCCGCCGGGCUCUACCCAGCGUGGCUGUGGCUGUGGGGGCCGCGGCUGUGGGGGGCGCAGGGGGAGCAGGAGGAGGAGGAGCGGGGGGGGCCCCCCGAGGCGGCGCUGCUGGCGCUCGGCGCCAUCGCGGCACUGCAGCUGCUCACGGCGCUGGCGGGGCUCUGGUCCGUGCACGCGCAGUGCGCGCUCACCUGCGUCAGGGAGCCGUGUCCCAAAAAAGCCACCUUGGCCAAAGUGGUGCCGACCCCCAACAACGGCUCCGUGGAGCUGGUGCCGCUGCACCGGGAUCAGGGCGAGGACGGGGAGGAGGCUCUUUCCUUCGAAUUCCAGAAAAUCAAGUAUUCCUACGAAACCAACGGGAAGAGACAGUUCCUGCCCGUGGCCUUCCCGGUGGAGUAUCCCCUGAGCUACUACCAGAAUUCCAGAGGCUACCAGGAGGACAAGGAAAUCCGGGCAGCAGAGAAGAAAUAUGGCACCAAUAAGGCUGAGAUGGUGGUGCCAGAAUUCUUGGAAUUGUUCAAGGAAAGAGCCACAGCUCCCUUCUUCGUCUUCCAGGUGUUCUGCGUGGGGCUGUGGUGCCUGGACGAGUACUGGUACUACAGUGUCUUCACCCUGUCCAUGCUCGUGGCCUUCGAGGCCUCGCUGGUGCAGCAGCAGAUGCGGAACAUGUCGGAGAUCCGCAAGAUGGGCAACAAGCCCUACAUGAUCCAGGUGUACAGGAACCGCAAGUGGCGCCCGAUCUCCAGCGACGAGAUCAUCCCGGGGGACAUCGUGUCCAUCGGCCGUUCCCCCCAGGACAAUCUGGUGCCCUGUGAUGUUCUGCUGCUGCGGGGCCGCUGCAUCGUGGACGAGGCAAUGCUGACAGGAGAGUCCGUGCCCCAGAUGAAGGAGCCGGUGGAGGACCUGAGCCCGGAGCACGUGCUGGACAUGGAGAGCGAUUCCCGGCUCCACGUCAUCUUCGGGGGCACGCGGGUGGUGCAGCACAUCCCGCCCCAAAAGGCCUCCUCGGGGCUCAAACCCGUGGAUAACGGAUGCGUCGCCUACGCCCUGAGGACGGGAUUCAACACCUCCCAGGGAAAGCUGCUCCGGACGAUCCUGUUUGGAGUGAAGAGGGUGACGGCCAAUAACCUGGAGACCUUCAUCUUCAUCCUCUUCCUCCUCGUCUUCGCCAUCGCUGCCGCCGCCUACGUCUGGAUCGAGGGCACGAAGGAUCCGCGGCGGAACCACUACCGGCUGUUCCUGGAGUGUGCCCUGAUCCUGACGUCCGUGGUGCCCCCGGAGCUGCCCAUCGAGCUCUCCCUGGCCGUGAACACCUCCCUCAUCGCCCUGGCCAAGCUCUACGUUUACUGCACGGAGCCUUUCCGGAUCCCCUUUGCUGGGAAAGUCCAAGUUUGUUGCUUCGACAAAACCGGGACCUUGACCAGCGACCACCUGGUGGUGCGGGGGGUGGCCGGGCUCAGGGAUGGGAAGGAGGUGACUCCCGUGUCCGACAUUCCCGUGGAAACCCACCGGGCCAUCGCCACCUGCCACUCCCUGGUGCAGCUGGAGGACGGGACGCUGGUGGGAGAUCCUCUGGAAAAGGCCAUGCUCCUGGCCGUGGACUGGACCCUGACCAAAGAUGAGAAAGUUUUCCCAAGGAGUCUAAAAACUCCGGGGAUGAAAAUUCACCAGCGCUUUCAUUUCUCCAGUGCCCUGAAGCGGAUGUCGGUCCUGGCCUCCUACGAGCGCGGCCCCGGCGCCCAACUCGCCUUCGUCGCCGCCGUCAAGGGCGCGCCCGAGACCCUGCGGCCCAUGUUAUCCCAAUGUCCCAGCAACUACCACUCCGUGCACCGGGAGAUCUCCCACGAGGGCGCUCGGGUCCUGGCCCUGGGCUACAAGGAACUGGGACACCUCACCCACCAGCAGGUGCGGGAGAUGAAAAGGGAAACCUUGGAAUGUGACCUGAGGUUUGUGGGGUUCAUCGUGGUCUCGUGUCCCCUCAAAGCCGACUCCAAAUCCGUCAUCAGGGAGAUCCAGAACGCUUCCCACCACGUGGUGAUGAUCACGGGGGACAACCCCCUGACUGCCUGCCACGUGGCCAGGGAGCUGCACUUCCUGCAGAAGGAAAAGACCCUCAUCCUGCAACCUCCGGCUUCCAAAGGCUCCCCGUGGCAGUGGGAAUCGCGGGACGGGGCCGUGGUGCUCCCGGCGUUCCCGGAAUCCCAGCAGGAGCUGACGGAGCCCUUUGACCUGUGUGUGACCGGGGAGGGCCUGGAGCACCUCCGGAGCGGGAACCGGGAGCGGCUGCUCCGGCUCAUCCCGCACAUCCGCGUCUUCGCCAGGGUCGUGCCCAAGCAGAAGGAAUUCGUGAUCACCACGCUGAAGAGCCUCGGCUUCUCCACCCUCAUGUGUGGGGAUGGCACCAAUGACGUGGGGGCCCUGAAACACGCGGAUGUGGGAGUGGCCCUGCUGGCAAACGCUCCCGAGAGGAUUCCCGAGCGGAAGAAGCGGCCCCGGGACGGCACCGGGGACGGGAGAGCCGGAAUUCCAGCGGCAGGAGUCGGGAAUGUGAGACCCACAUCCCGGGGAGCCAAGCACAGGGUCCUGUCCCAGCGGGAGGAGCAGCUGGCCAUCCACAGGGAACGGCUCAGCCAAGUGCUGAAGGACCUGGAGGAGGAACGAGCUCCAGUGGUGAAACUGGGAGACGCCAGCAUUGCCGCCCCCUUCACCUCCAAACUCUCUUCCAUCCAGUGCAUCUGCCACGUGAUCAAGCAGGGCCGCUGCACGCUGGUGACGACGCUGCAGAUGUUCAAGAUCCUGGCGUUGAACGCCCUGAUCCUGGCCUACAGCCAGAGCGUCCUCUACCUCGAGGGCGUCAAGUUCAGUGACUUCCAGGCCACGCUCCAGGGGCUGCUCCUGGCUGGCUGCUUCCUCUUCAUCUCCCGCUCCAAGCCUUUGAAGACCCUUUCCAAGGAGAGGCCCCUUCCCAACAUCUUUAACCUGUACACGGUGCUGACGGUGCUGCUGCAGUUCCUGGUGCACUUCCUGAGCCUCGUCUUCCUGUACCGGGGGGCCCAGGCCCGGAGCGGGCCCAGGGAGGAAGAAUUUGUGGAUCUGAGCAAGGAAUUCGAGCCGAGCCUGGUGAACAGCACCGUGUACAUCCUGUCCAUGGCCAUGCAGAUGGUCACCUUCGCCAUCAACUACAAGGGCCAUCCCUUCAUGGAGAGUCUCCAGGAGAACAAGCCCCUGCUCUGGAGCAUCGUCCUGUCGGGAAUGGCCAUCGUGGGGCUCCUCUCGGGCUCCUCCCCGGAAUUCAACGAGCAGUUUGGGCUCGUGGAGAUCCCCACCGAGUUCAAGCUCGUGAUCUCCCAGGUCCUCCUGGCCGACUUCCUGCUCGCCUUGUCCGUGGAUCGGAUCCUGCAGUUCCUGCUGGGGAGCUCCAAGCUCCAAGUGCCUUCCUGAGGGGAAUUCCCGACUCCAGAGCCGUGUCCUGCCAUCCCAACCCCGCCCCCAGCGUUCCCGGCGGGGAUUUUCCACCCCCAAAUCCACCUCUGGGAAAGGAAACGGCCGCAGUUUGGAGGUGGUUUUUUCUUUUUUCCAGGAUGUGCUGGGGAAUUUCUUUGGGGGGGGAUGUGGGGGAAGUUUUCAAGGAAAAUCCUCGAAUUUUCAUGGAAAAUCCACAAAUUUUCAAGGAAAUACCUUAAAUUUUCAUGGAAAAAUCCUCAAAUUUUCAAGGAGACCCCUCAAAUUUAAAGGAAAAGCCUCAAAUCUCCAGGAAACAUUUGGGGAAUUCGGGAACUAAAAGCUCAAAUCGAGGUGUUUUGAAAAGUGUUUGGGGCUGGAAAAUUCCAUGGAAAACUUGGGAAUAAACCAGCCCCGAAGCG